AUGCAACCAGAACCGAUGUCGCUCGAACAACUGGAGCAAAUCCUAGACAAGAACGAAACCGUCGCGCCCUCGACAAUCGAUGCCAUUGAGUAUCACGCUGCGAAACUUGGCCACCGGGUCACGGACAACUACGAGGCCUUGAAUAUGAUUGUACUUCGCCACGAACUCUUGAUAAGAAAGAGAUGGAUCAAGAUGUCGCGCCACAAACGUCGUGCUUUACUGCUCGCUAUAAUGCCACACAUGCCUCAAGAUCAUCUUUCUCAGGCUCUGACUAGCACGAUACCUUUCAUCAACCUCAAAAGUCUUACACAGAGCAGACCCUUGCUUGCAUUCAUAAAUGCACGAGGUCGUAAACUGCCUUGGACCUUCGCAUGUAUUGAGGAAGAGUUUCUCGUUCUAGGCAGGACGGUCCCAUGUACCGAUCUAGAGUUCUGCGAAGGAGUCGGUAUCAUGUUCUCCCGAGACCCCGAUCCAGCAACUUACGGCAAGAUCAUUCGAGAUCGACUCCCCGGACAGGACUCACGCGCUACCGAGGACUACUUCGAGAUGUGCGCACGAUCAAGUAUUCGAGUGCUAAAGAUGCAGGAGUACAUACUGAGCUUCCUGGUUCAAUGUAUUACUGCCAUUCUGCAUGACAUUCCAUGGGAGCAGUUGUUCGAUCAUCCAAUCCAAGACGAGCCUCCGCCGGUAGACUUGCUUGAGGAUGAUGAAAUUGGACAUGCGACUUUCUCUAAUGUCCUGCUGGCUGCACCAUACCUUGGAUGGGACUCUGUCAAUUUCGUAAGACUCCAGGGUUACGUCAGCGCUAUCUUGGAUGCGCAGAAAGAGCACAUUCGAGCAAUGAGGGAAGACCCAGGCUACUUCGCGGAUACACUGUGGGAGUUCGAGCAGCAUGCACCUUAUAAAGAUCAGGACGCUUUGCUACAGCCUUUUCAGCGAGGUAGCAUUGACAGAUACCAGAGUGCAUGCAUGAUGUACAUUCUCGACGAGGCAUACAGCAUGUUUUCGUUUUGGACUGAGAUUGAUCGUCGGGUCGCACAGCUUCCCGAUGUCUUGAAGAGCGACAUGAGUCUUCAUGAUCAGGCUCACAUAGUCGGGGAAGCGCGGCUAGCAGUCAAAAGCACGAAGAAUGUGCUUAUGACGAAGCUCGACAACGUUACAUUCAAUGCGCCAAGAAUUCGCGAGUUUCUACACCCCAAAACCAAUACCGAAACGGGAGAAGUACAUUUCGUACCGAAGAAGCCUUUUUCCAGCGCACAGAGAGACUUAGUGGACGAACUGAGUGGUAUGAGUACCCUAUCAACUCCGGCACUUGUUUCUUUAGCUCUAGAAAGAUUGGAUCAUCGACUUCGAACGAGCCCCGAAGCUACCAGUAUGAUGUCCAGUAGGCUUCUGAACCUGAUCACGGAUACGUCAGUUCUCUCAGAAUGUCUUCGCCAGUUUUCAUUAUGGGAGAAGUCACCAAAAGUCGCGGCCGAACGUUGCCAUCACACGUGUACGUACCAAUUGAUGCUGAGCGAGGUGGAGGAGUUCCAACAAUGGAACAAGAAGAUCCAUGAUUACGCUGUCCCAAUGGGAAUUGUACAACCUUUCAGGGAGAAGCUUAACUAUCCAGUCCAUAAGCGGAGGACGCGCGAGAACGUUAACGCUGUACGGCAAGCCGAGGCCAACUUGGAUCAGCUCUGGGCUAUGAUUGAUGAAUACUUUGAGAAGCAGACGGGCGUCUCUCAACACCGACUAAUUCGAGAGUGCCUACAAGAAGGUGGAGAUGUUUAUCGGACUCCUCCUUGGGUCGAUCCAGUUGCCAUCAAACUCACACCAAAGGAGAAGCCUGAGUAUGUGUACCAGCCGCUGUCUCGCAUGGUACACAGCAAGACGCUAGAGAUUACGGGCGCAUUUGAUCGCAUGGCCAUCGAGGAGAAGACAAAGGCCAAGACUCGCGGCGAUACUAUUACCGUCGCCCACGACUUGGCUGCACUGCCACCCGAUAGCAACGCCACUGCCACCCCACAGCCAACCAUUCUCGUCGACCAGCGCGCACACAAGGUCUUCAAGACGCUCUUUCAUACACCCACUUCCGAGACUGGCGACUUACCCAAGGGUGUGAAGUGGGUCGAGUUCAAGCGAGCUAUGGCACGCGUCGGGUUCUCAGUUGAGAAGCUCCAGGGCUCAGCCUGGCAGUUUGCACCUGGAGAUGCAUUGGAUGCUGAUCGAAACAUACAGUUUCACGAGCCGCAUCCCGGCAGCGACAUUCCGUACAUCAUGGCCAAGCGCUUUGGACGGCGGCUAGCGCGUGUCUAUGGCUGGAGUGGCGACACCUUCAAGCUUGGAUAA